UUAAGCUCACACCAAGACAUACUUGUGUAUUGAAAGCAUUACAAUGGCUUCGAUUAACAAAUGUUUGAAAUGGAUCUUCAUCGUCUUCAACGCACUUUUUGCACUGACAGGUGCUGGGAUUGUUCUACUGGUACACGUUUCAAAGAUUGCGGCAAUGAGAGAGGAAGUUGGGAAUUUCUGGUCAGCAUCCCUGUUUGGGGGACUUAUGACAGGGAUUUCCGUCGUGGGUGCCUACGGUGCAUACAGAGAGAAGAGGUGGGCCCUAAUCUUGUUUUCUGCUCUUGUGAGCAUUGGCAUGGUCAUUUGCCUGAUUGGGGCUGUUAACAUCGUUAACGUGAGGCACAUGAUAACCAGAAGAAUUGAAGAUCUCUUUGAAAGCGAUGACAUGAAUACGUUUUUUCAACUGUCUCAAGAACAACACAAUCUUGAGUGCUGUGGCACACGCAAUGGCUACCAGGACUGGAGUUCACAGGUUCCAGAGUCCUGCAUCUGUCCAGAAUCCUACUGGGGUACUCCAAAAUGCCAGAGGGUGGCAGUGUCUCCCAAAAAAUCUGGGUAUUGGCACAAAGAGAUGUACACAGAGGUCUACAGUGAGCCAUGUCUUCCUUUCUUCAUGCGGUUCCUCAAUACGAUGAUGGAUGCCACAGUUGGGAUUCUUUUUGGAUUGGCUAUUGUGGCGCUGAUUGGGGUAACCAUGGCCAUUAUCAUGACCUGCAAGAUCAAGAAGCAAAUGACUGCAAUGCCAGUGCCCACUUAUGAAUGCUCCAAGCCUCCUGCAUAUGAGGAGUUGUAUACAAUGAAAUCUAUGCCAGAGCAUGUCUAAGAUUUUUGUUUCAACAUGCCUCAUAUUGUUUUCUGACCAAUAAAAUUUGAAAAUCAUCAGGACAAAUUAUUUUUCUAUUUCUGUUAAUUGAUAAUAUGUCAACAUUUUAUGUUGCCAGAUUUCACCUAUGCAUUUUUGUUUACCUUUUUCGAAAUGUAUGCCUGCACAUGUUUGCACUGACAUAUCUCUUUUAUGAUGUCAGUUUUUAUCUGUAUGUAUGAUUUUGUGCCAAAUUUUUCAUAGAGCAAGAUAAAGAAAAACAUGAUUUGGAAUGGAGGAGAAUGGUGGUAUUUUCUGAAAAGGAUUGGUAUAAGCAAGGACUCUGCUCUGUAAUAACAUUGUAAUGUUGAAGUAAUGGCCAUGUUUUCUCAUACGGUAUGGGGUUUUGUCUACCAGCUUUAGCACCUUGUUUUAGGCAUUAGUGAGUUAGUGAGAAUUGCUCCCAUGCUUCAUGGCUGGUAUGUGUUUAUGUCAGAAUGUGUAAAAGUUAGACAGAUGGUGUGUCUUCUACAUAACAUGUCAUCUGAUUUUAUAAUGUUUGUUCUGGUUGUCUGCCAACAGGAUAUUUCUGUCAAAAAGUUGAAAAAGUCUAAAAAGUUGAAAUUAAGAAGGCACAAAUGACAGGUACCAUAUUCUGUGGGUACCUUAUAACACCUCUAUGUAGUUGUUUUACCUGAAAAAUGGCUUACUUUUAAUAUGGAGAUAGCAUCUCUGACAUUGCUGAAGCAUAUCUGGAAUGCCCAGUAUUGCGCCAUGUACUGUAACUAGUUUCAUACAAGGACACAAUGUGUUUAAACACAUUCAGUGCAGUCAUGCUGAAAAUGAAUGUGAAACAAAGCAACAUUUUUGAAGGCCCACUGUGAAGAUAUUCUCAGGCAAUUAAAUUGUAAAUAAAUUGCAACAUGUUGUGUAUGCAAUACAUGAAUUUGAUUAUUAAAAAAAAAAUGUUGUGUUACAGCUCAAGGGAA